GUCUGACUACGCAAGAGUCACCUGCCUUGGACAGCGGAAUGAACCCCCACUUUUUCUCUGCAACCUUCCGCGAUGAACAUCGUUAUACAAUACCUACGGACGGGUUGCAUGGAGCUCUCUUUGUGGGCAUAUUCCUGCUGUGUUGGAUAGGCAAGGCUCUUGCAAGAUUUCGCUAUCGAUUGUGCCUCCGAUGGCUCUGCUGGCACCCAGACUGCAAGCAAGCAAAGAACCGCCCAGCUGCUGCCAGCAAUGGCAAGCCAGAGCAGUAACGCCGGCCGUCGAUCAAGCCCCUAGAACAAACCCUCAAGAGUAUAGUUCUUUUUUAACUUUCCAGGCAGUUGCUAUCGCCCCGCGGCAGACUCCUUGCCUCAUUAUCGACAGUCUAAG